CUUUUAGAAGUAAGAAAAUAUAAGUUAUAUUUGAAAGUCUGUGCACUCACGAAUUGUCAAAUGUCAUCAGAAUUUGAUAAGUGAUUAUUUUCUGUGGCGGUCGAUACCGAUAGUUCCGAAAAGAAAAAGACCUUCAAAAAUGGCAGACGCUCCCGCUCGCCCUAUGAAAUAUCCCUACACAUUUAGCGCCAAGAUUGCGCAGUUCCCUUUCAAAUUCUACGUUCAGAACCAAUGGAUCUGGCGUUACUGGAUGAUCGGAAUCGCCGUCGCUUCUCCAGUGUUCUACAAGAUCCAUAAAAUGGCUAACUCUCCCGAGAAUGUCAGCAUCUGGGCAGAAAAGAGAAAGAAGGAAGCUGCAGCACACCAUUAACAUUCUAGAUAACCUGUGUUCUUUAAUCAAAUAUAUUUAUAUAAGUAUAAAUAAAAUCAUGUACUAGUUA